AUCAAUCUCCUCCCUAGUUCGCGUAAUGGACGUAUGUCGUACAGACGCAACGCAAAGCAAACUUUGUCGUUUGAUUGUAUUUAACUUUAUUUGAAACUGGUGACGGUUUUGGCAUAAUGGAAGCUGUAGAAGAGCCUCCACUUAUUAAUGCUGCAGUGGACGGCGUGAAAGUAACGGUUGUGGUCGAUGAAAACGACGAAAACGCUGUGGCUUCGGUAGCAUCGGAUGUAUGUCACAAAUCAAACGGAGUUGCCGAUUCGGAGACUGCAGAAGUCGCCGCAGUUGAAAGCAAUACUGCGCCCAGCGAAGACGGAAAAUGUGAAAUUGAACAGUCCGUGGACGUGAAACAUGAAGCGCAAGAAAAUGAUAAAAUAACGGCGGCAUCUGAUGUGUCUGAACUAGAUAGUAGCACCGCGGAGGUAGUUGUUAGCGAUGCUCCAACUAACAAGGAGGCUACUAAUGAUCCUUCGCCUGACAUUGCUGAAGCAGUGAAAGAGCAAAUUGAGGAUAAAGAUACUGUUAAUGUGGAUAAUAAUACAGGCACAGCAGAAAUACAAUUAGAGGAAUUGGCUGAAGUUGUCAAAUCUGAUCCAUCUAUAGAAAGAGUCACUUUUCAAACGGAAAUUUUGGUUGAAACAAAUGACAGUGAGAUCAUUGAAACUAUUACUGAAGAGGUUAUUGAAGAUCAGGAUUCUAACAACUUACUUAGUGAACUUGGUCAUGGUAUUGAAUUAAGUGAAGCUUUACGCUCAUCAAAUGUCACUGAUAGUGCAGAAAACAACAAUUGUGCUGUGAGACAGGAAGUGUUCAAUAAGGAGGAAUUAUUGGACAUCUUGGAAGGCAAUGAUGAGGGACAACCUGGAGAUUUACUGCCACCCAAUUUUAAAAACAGGCGUUCUGAUAAAAUGUUAGAAACACAAAUAGCUUUGCAACAACUUUCUAGAUUGAAAGGGAAAAAAACUAAGAGGCGGCAUUUUGAUCGUCAGCCUAGAGCCCAGAAAAUGGUGAGAACUGAUAAAAUUCAGAAGGUAGUCACGCAAGAGCCUGUUGAUGAUGAAAAAGUUUCUACUGAAAAGAAGAAUGAGGAGAGUAUAGUCAAUGUAUUGGUCAAAGAGUGGGAUGAUGAAGAAGCCCCUGAAGUUGAAAAGUCAAAGAAGUUGUUAGAGGAAAGUGAACAGUUGUUGCAUAGUACUGAAGAAGUUGUAAAAACUCAAGACACUGUCUGUAAAGAAGAAGAAGCAUCUGUUCGAACCUCAAUUGAUUCCUCAAGUGAAGCUAAAACUCCAGCUUUAAACAAAAGCAGUGAUGAAGGUCAGCCACAACGAAGGCUUGGCAGAGUUAUAAAGAAGAAAGUUAUAUUUGACCCAGAUAAUCCUGACACCUUUACAAAAAGCAAAUCUGUUUUAAAGAGCAAAGAACCUAGCAUGGAAAAAGAUCAAACUCCAUCCAAAAUACAAAAAAUUAAGACUGAACAAGCUUUUCAGAGGUCCAAAUCUAAGUCACCCACGGCUAAAUUGCAAUGGAAAAAGCCUUCUCCUAAAAACUGCAAACAAAAUAAGCGACUGACUGAAGUUGACAAAUUACUAAUGGAUGAAGGAGCUGUAAAUAUGAUUUAUCAACUCACUCCUGAGGCUACAAAAGGGAAGAAGAACAUGAAAACCAAAGCAGAAUUCAUCAAAAAGUUACAGAGCUCCACACCUGAUUCAAAAGAAAUGAAAUUUCGAGAAAGAAAAAAAGAAUCAAAGUAUGAAGAUGGAGAGGCUAAGAAAAUUCUUGGUGGCAAGCAGAGACCUUCCCUGAGUAGUUCGGUCAAAUCACCCUCAGUAUGUGAAGACUUUGAGGCGCACAGUGCUGAUGAUUCCAUCAUUUAUAGACGGCAUUCAUCAAGUUCUUAUUCCAGCUCUUGCAUGAGUCCACACCGGCUAAGUGAUGUGGAAGCUAGCAAUCAGGGCAGCUCGCGUAAUUCUUCACAAAGUGCUCAGGUUGAUAAUUCAAUGCAAGCAAGUAUUGAAGGCAAUAGCAAUCGCUCAACUGCUGAUGUGUUCAUGUCGGACACAGACCCCAUCAGGACUGACAUUAUAAAUAAAGAUGAUUGUUUGUCUAUAAAACAGAAACUUAAUUCCAAAUUAAAUCUUGCCCUAAAUAAGAGAAAGCGGGAGAAUUCCAAACCUGAAAAACCAUUAAAGAUAAAAAAAGUUAUGAAAAUUGAUGAAAAUAAUUCUGUAAAUACUGAAGAUUUUAAAUACUUAUCCAUUAAUUUUGAUCAAAGACUAGCUGAAAUAAGUGUACAGAAACCAGGGACCAAAUGUAAUGUGGAGCUAAUAAGGGAGUUAGAGAAAGCCUUACAGUUGAUAGAACAAAAAAAAGACAUAUCAGUGACUUUGUUACCAUCUGAAUGUGGGACUACAUACUCAGAGUUAGAUUUAAGACCAUUGUUGGAUGCUAAUAUGGAGAAAUCAACAAACUUUGCAUAUGAACUGGCUGAAUCUAUAAAGUCUCUUUUGCAAGCAGUGGAACAACACACGAAGCUCAUAUGCUCAGGAGUUAGUGGUAGAUGUUCCGGCAUCGGCCUGGCGCUGAUAGGCCUGAGCGAUGUGGCGCUGGCUUCGGAGCGCGCUAGCUUCUCUAUCAGCCCCAAGUCACACGGAGCGGCGGCGCCUAUACAGCCAGGAUUAUCAGUUUUCACUUCACAUGGACCCCUCUCACAACCUUUACUAAACGACCUAAUCGUUUUCGGGCGCCGGCUGACCGCUGCGGAGGCGUUGCGCGGUGGUCUGGUGAGCCGCGUGCUGUGGCCUGAGAACUUCAACGAACAAAUCCACACUAUAGCUAAGGAUAUCGCUGCUCAACCUGCGCAAAACAUCUGGUUAAAGAAGCAAUUACUGAAUAUGAAAAAGGGUGGGGCGGAGUCUACAUUCCUGGCGUAUUUAGAAAAGGAACGGGAUCUACUCGUAGAGUAUUGGACCUCUGUUGAAGGGCAGGAGAUCAUUCGCGCCGCUUAUACCGCCUAAACUUUUUGUUUCACAACAGUUAAAACAAUAAUUUUAUUGUGACUCGCUAUUAUUAAAAAAAAAAAAAACUUUUCAAAUAUGACUCCAUUCAAUUGGUUUUUAAUACUUUUGUAACUAAAAAUAUACAAAAGAAAAUUAAUAAGAUUAAAAUAUAUUCAUGAAUUUUGUUUUAAGAUAUAUGUGUUGUUGUUGGUAAAAUAUAAAUUGGCUGAACUUUAGUAAUAUGACCAGCUGUCAGACUGACAUCAAAAUUACUGUUACUGUAGGUAGUAUGAGUACGAGCCCUAAGGGGUAAGGUAUUGUGUAAAGACUGCUAUCAAUGAGAGGGUAAGAAAAGUAGUGUGAAUGCAUUAAAAGUUUACAUGGAGUGGUUUGAUUUUUGUCUAAAACUGAUUGACUUCUUGGUGUUAAUAAAAUUUGAAUCAUAGAAAAAUUAUGUUAUGUUAUAGAUUAAAUUGUUUAUGUCCUUGUUUUAGAUUUUUUGAGUUUAUAAGUUAAGGUUUAGCAUAAUUUUCUUUACAGCCAAAGUUCGCAUUCACGGCUUUAUUUACAAACAUUUCUGCAAAAUAAAUUUUGAUUAAUGUAAUGAGACACGUUAUAGGUUAUUGAAAAAUAAAACAGAGGUUUUAUUUGCGUGGAUAGAUAUGUAAGACACUACAGGGGCUUAUAACUUUUCGGUGAAAGGUCUUGAAAUUAAUGUUAUGUAAAUAGAGCAGUAAAUGUUAUUUCAUAAUAAAAUCUCUGCCCUCGGUUAUGUGUAUUACAGAUUACACUUAGUAUUUUCAUUCCACUCACAUGGAAUAUAAAAUGAGUUAUGAAUGUACUGUAAUGCAUACUUGUUUCGAUUCAAAAUAUUGUUAAAAUUACGUGUUCUUAUAUAAGUGUACCUACCUAGUGGUAAUUUAUUUUUUUUUCUUUAAAAUAAAGUGCCUUUUAUAAUAUCGAACUCUAUAUAUUUUGAUUGUAUACUAAAAAUGUACUAUAAUAAAUUUAUAUGAAAUAAUAAGUAGUACCGAAACUAUGAAUGAUUUUUUAAUAUGAUGAUUGGUGCAAAACAUCACAUGAAUUGUACGCUACGGCCACAUUGACGGUUAAGCUACAGUUGUCUGGGCUGGUGUGGCAAUCAAACAACAUUACAUAAUUAUUGAUUUACUAGUGUUGAGACGCAAUACAUAAGCAAUAGAACAUAGGAAGGAUUUAUUUUAUUAAUCGUCAGAUUCAUAAAUAACCAUUAUUUGAAGUUAUGGUAUUAAAAAUACCAUGUCUAGGAAAACCUAUGACAUGCCACUUCUCGCCUCGGAGAGAAGCUACCUAUACCCCAAUCAGAUGUAUAGUUUUUGAAGGUAACGAUUAUAGAUUAUUGAAGUAAACAAAGCAACGCGAAUACAUAGUUUAUGUGCAUGAGAUGCACGGUAAAUGUUGCAUUUUCACCACAUAGUACAAAAAUAUUUGUGUGGUAAGCGAUUGUCGCAAAUAGUUUAAAAAUUGUUAUUGGAGCACGUUUAGAUUUGUUAGUUUUCGAGAUUGCGUCGGAUUAAAAAAAUGGAUGUGUAAAUACUUAGUGGUGAAAAGGGUUUGACAAGAAUAUUUGGUGGGAUUGGAAACUGAUCCGAAUAAUUUGUACAUAAUGAACUUUACGUUGACGGAUUUUAUACUACUUUGAUUGAUGUGAAACCUUCAAUGUUUAAUGAUAUAGGAAACUAUUCCACAAUGUGUUAUACUUUAGUACUUAGUUUACACUUAACACGUAGUUUGUGUUCUAUCUGUCUUGCUGGCACACUGAUGUGCAUUAUUGUUUUACAACUAUUUAGUGUCAUCACGAUAGUAACAACUUCACCAUCAUUUGCGAUUUCAGUUUGAAAAUACAUAUCCACUCCACAUGUUGUGUGUACCUAUUGACUAAGAUUUCUAUUUGUACGUACGUGUGCUACAUUAUUUUUCAAGUGUUUUGUAAUAGGAAAAUAAAUAGCAAUGUAUUGCAAGAGAGCGAACUUGAAUUAUUUGCACUUUGGUGUCAAGUCAAUGUUUGUGUUACUCUUUCGAAAUUGGUACAUGUGUGGUGUGAUAUUUUCAGAUGCAUAACUCUUUUCAUUAAAACAAAACAUUCGAAAUUAUUAAUUCAUCCAUAGUUAAGGCAAUUUAAUUUAUGGGUUAUAUAGUUUUUAAGUCACAUCAUAGAAUGUGAAUAGUGUAAUAAAUUAUAAUUAAGUACUGUA